AUGGCCACGUUUGCCGCUCACGUGCUGAAGGGCCUGCCACCGGAGUACAGAUUUCUUCGCCGCAAGCUCGACAUUUCCAGCCCUCACAUGACAGUCGAACGUCUGUGCAGCGAGGUGUUGAUGGAGGAGCAGACCCUCUCCAUCGAACAUAGCUACAAGCAGAUGACCAGCGAUGCAUCUGCUUUCUCGGGCGCUGUCAACACGAUCGUGGCUACACCGGGGGUCAACGGGAAGGAAGGGAAAGGAGGAAGGGAGAAGAUGGACAAGAAGAAGGGUGGCAAGUGGGAGAAGAAGCGAGCCCCCUUCAAGGGGCACUGUUACAACUGCAACGAGGAGGGGCACAUGGCUGCCAAGUGCCCCAACAAGAAGAAGGAUGCAACGCCCGCGGCAGCCGCGAACGUUGCUGAAGGAGACGGGAAGGGCGUGGCGCUCACUGUCGCGUGUUCGGCUGCAAAGUUGCUGGCCGACGACAAGGACUUGUGGUUCCUUGACUUGGGAUGCUCCCAACACAUGACCAUCCGCAAGGAGUGGUUCAUGGUGAUCCGUGACCCAUCUGCAACGAAGUCCGUCAAAGGGUUUGAUGGUUCUAUGCAGGAAGUCGCCGGUGUUGGUGAGCUCACGGACAAAGGAGCAAAUCUGCAAACCGAAGAAGGUGUCACCCGCAUCAUCGCAUCGGGAGGACAAGUGGCUGCAACAGCACGCUACCGCCAUCGUCUUCUCUGCCUUGACCUGAAACCGUGGCCAGCAAGCAACGGCACAACGGCUGUAGCGGCAUGCAACGGCACGGUGGCUGCAUCAGCUUGCAACGGCACGACGGUUGGAGCGGCAUGCAGCGACACGGUGGCUGCAGCGGCUUGCACGGGUACGACGGCUGGAGCGGCAUGCAACGGCACGGUGGCUGCAGCGGCAUGCAACGGCAUGGCGGCUGGAGCGGCAUGCAACAGCACGGUGGCUGCAGUGCCAUGCAAUGGCAUCACUAAUGCGGUUGCUAACGGAGCGGCCAGCCUCAAGACGUACGCAGUGGGCUCCAAGGCAACGCCCAACCUGUAG